AUGGAGGGUGUGGCAGCGUCGUGGAAUGCAUGGCGCGCCGCCCCGGAGUCCGCGCACGCCGCCCAGUGCUAUGUGAACGAGGCGACAAUGUAUGCGAAAACACUGGCUGGCUCGGAGGAAGCGCGCGAUGCCCUCAGCCCUGCCGACCUGUGGCUGCAUGUGCGUGCUGUGCUUGACGCGUGGACUGCGUAUGAAGCGCAGGUCGACCCGCAGAAGCGCAAGGAGCGCGCUACAUGGGCCGACGUGGCGCGCGCAGCGCUGGGACUCGUGCGAAAUAGCGCUGUAGAUCCGCGGCAUGCACAAAUGAUAGGACGCCUCCUAUCGAGUCCAGAUGAGCGCACAUCGCUAGCGGCCCAGGUGUUCCUGCUCAACUGCGUGCCACCCGGCGACGCCAGGCUGCGCGAUCUCGUGCACACCAAGCCUGCGCGGCGGGCGAUGGAGGUCGUUUUGCAUUUGUACGAAGCUGCCUUGUACGAAGAGACGUCCGAGACGAUUCCUAUCACGUAUGCAUACUUGACUGACCGCAGCAUCGCAUUGGUGGACCGUCUAUUCGGGGCGGGUUUGAUUGGGCCCCUGCUCGAUGCACUGGGCACGGAUGAUGAUAUCCAUCCUGCGCAGCUCACGCUGCUUCGUGUCCUCAUCGAGUGCCUACACCAGCACGUACAGACGCCCACGGCCGAGCAGGUCGAUGCGCCGUGGGUCGCCAAUAUCCGCCCGCUGAUCGAUCGGGUCAUGGCUUUGUCGCAGUACGCGACAAACGCUAUGCAUCAGGUCGCGAACGAAGGGGCCGAGGCGCAGGGUCUUGUCCGCGCCUAUAUGGGGCUACUCGCGCUGUUCGAGUGUCUGCACUGGGCAGGUCUGCGCGCGCACCAAGACGCGUCAGCCGCGCGGACGACAGAGGCGGCUGCUCUACUGCCCUUGCUGCGCGAGCCGGCGGUGCUGGGCGCCACCAUCGAGCUGCUACGCCAGGCGCGCUCGUUCUACCCGCCGAAGGCGCCAUUCGCGCCCUCGGGCGCCAGUGUGCCGGACGGCCAUGCCAAGUCCGCGCUGCACACGAGCGUGCCCGACGAUGACCGACCCGGCUUGCCGCACCUGAAACGCAGUGCACUCCAGCUCCUUGGCACACUGUCGUUCCCUGCGGGGCCUCACGACCGCGCCGCUGUACGCGACGUGCAGGAUCACGUUCGUGAGCUGGGCGGACUCAUCGACGUGCUGUCCCUCACCGCGUUGGACGAACUGAAUCCAUGU